CAGCUACAACUACAACCACAGGAUGUACUCAGCAACCGCCAUCCUCAUCUCCUCGGCAGCCCUCUGCGCCGCACUACCAACAUCACAUGUGGGUCCUCGCGCAGGCGGUCCGGCCAUAAUGCCCAUCCCUUCAACCUGCGCCGUCACCAACCCGCUCCCCAACACCAGCUCAAACUCAAACACAUCCUACAUCCCCGCGCCAUCUACAAACAACGACAUCCUAUACAACGCAUACUACUCGUCCUUUUCCACAAACGCAACGGAAAUGGCGACUCAAUGUCUCCAGCAGUGCUACGGCUACGGCACCCACACCGAGUGCAAGACUGCGUUUUGGGCGGAGAAUAUGCUUGUGCCCAAGGGCUACUAUGGGGGCGAGGGCGGGUACCUGGCUACGGGAUGUGUGAUGUUUGAGCGGGAAUUGGGGGCAGGGGAUUUUGAAGUUGCGCCUGAGGGGCAGGGGAAGAGUGCUUUUGCGGGGACUAUCAAGUGUUAGUGAUUGAGGAUGGGUGUGAUAUGACGUUAUGCUGGGGAUGGUAAUGUGAUGUGAUUAAUGAAAUGAUGAACUUUAGAUUUUUCUUGCAGGGCUAGUCUAGAUAGAGAUACAGUUUGACUAUGUAAAACAAAAAAAAAAGAGCUGUUAGUGUAGUAUGAACACAUACAACCUAUCCCAGAACAGCCUCUAGACACUUGACU